UAUAAAUAGCCGAGCUGAUAUCGGGAAAGUUCAUAGUACGAACAGCUGAUCAAUGAGUGACACUAAACCAGCAGCUUCUUAGUUAUUUUAUUUGUAAAUUAAAUUAUAUAUUUAUUAAUAGUUUUGUGAGGAGAUUUUAUCUACAUUUUAUCACAUCAAGAUGACGGCCCAAGAAUACAGCGGACGUCUGGACAAGGGUGUCCUCAACCACUACAUGACCCUGGAGUGCCCGGGGGACAAGGUUCAAUGCGAGUAUGUGUGGAUCGACGGCACAGGACAGGGCAUCCGUAGCAAGUGUAAAACACUCGACUUUGAGCCAAAAGAUCCCAGUGAAUGCCCGGUUUGGAACUAUGACGGGUCGAGCACGUAUCAGGCGGAGGGUUCCAACUCGGACAUGUACCUGCGCCCAUGCGCUAUCUUCAAUGAUCCCUUCCGGCGUGGAAAGCACAAGCUGGUUCUCUGUGACGUCUACAAAUACAACAACGAGCCCGCAGAGACGAACAAGCGUUGCACGUGUAAGAAGGUUAUGGAAGAGGCUAAGAGCGAGAUCCCCUGGUUUGGUAUUGAACAAGAGUACACCCUCCUGUCUCAUGACGGCCACCCGUUCGGCUGGCCAAAAAAUGGCUUCCCUGGACCACAGGGACCGUAUUACUGCGGAGUUGGCGCUAACAGGGUAUACGGAAGAGACAUUGUAGAAGCCCACUACAGGGCGUGCCUAUACGCAGGAGUCAAAAUUGCUGGCUGCAACGCUGAAGUUAUGCCUGCUCAGUGGGAGUACCAAGUGGGGCCGUGUGAAGGUAUAAGCAUGGGCGAUCACUUGUGGUUGGCGCGUUAUCUUCUCGAGAGGGUCGCUGAGGACUUCGGGGUCGUAGUGACCCUUGACCCAAAACCCAUGCCAGGGGACUGGAACGGUGCUGGAGCCCAUUGCAACUUCAGUACACAGAAAAUGAGAGAAAAGGGCGGAAUCAAAGAAAUUGAGAAGGCCAUAGACCGGAUGAGCUCGCAACACAGACGACACAUCACCGCCUACGACCCGAACGAGGGUGAAGACAACAAGCGCCGCCUCACGGGCUUGCACGAGACCUCGAGUAUCGAAGACUUCUCCGCAGGAGUCGCAAACCGCGGGGCCAGCAUCCGCAUCCCCCGCCAGGUGGCUGCCGACGGUUUCGGUUACUUGGAGGACAGGCGGCCGUCGUCCAACUGUGAUCCAUACGCUGUAACGGAAGUCAUAAUUCAGACGGCGGUUCUAAACAAAUAAACUUGAAGAAAAUCUUGCAUUUGGGUUACAGAAAACACUUAGGACGUCAUAGAUACAUUGUUUUAUACAUGUGUACUUUUAGUAUUCAUACGUACAUUUAUUUAAAUAUAAUCAUUACGGUGCAGUCCAGUGGAAAGUAAUGUAGGAUGCACUGAACAAUAUAUAUAUAUAUAAUAUUGCUAUUUCCCUGUGUUCCUAUUUGAUUUUAGAAACCGGUUAAGCAAACGUUUAACACAAUUUUGGUAACAAUCCUUCAUUUUCAUUUCUGAAGGGUUACUAGGGGUAGUUAUGCAGGUCAUUUCUUCUCUUAUGAGGAAACUUUGGAGAAGUUGUAUGGGUCAUACUUUUAGUAUAAUUAUCGUUAUAAUAUGUCUUACAUAGGCUAUUUUACAUACUUUUAUUUAUGCAAAACCUUGCAUAAAAAGACAUUACUUUCAUAUUACAUAUGUUUAUCAUCUAAUAAUUUUUAUGUUCAUUGCAAACGCUUCACCAUACAUUAUCAUUGUUAAAUCAUUCUUUGGGAUUUUAAAUUAAAAAACUUUUAAUUUGUCUCAUAACAUUUGAAGAUUUCAGCAUGAACACGCUUUUCUGCAGAAAUGUGGUUGUUUGCAGUAUAACGGUUAAAACCUCAUGUAAUUAGGAGGCAGCAAGCGUUAAUGCGAAAUGAAAUUAUUAAAUGUUUAUUUUUA